AUGAAUAAGAGGAUUCUUACUCCAGUGAAGAGGAGAUUAGAAGUCAACGAUGCAGCAGGGAUUAGGGUGGCUAGGAAUUUUCAUUCCAUAGUUGUUGAAGCGGAGGGAUAUGAGGCAUUAACGUUUGAUGAACAAGAUGCAAGGAAUUAUAUUCAAAAUGCUAGAAGAUUGAGACUUGGGGUUGGCGACGCCAAAUCAGUUACAUUUUAUUUUCAUAAAAUGCAACAACAAAAUUCGAACUUCUUUUCGGCAAUUGACCUUGAUGAAGAUGGUCGUAUGCGAAACUUGUUUUGGGCAGAUAUAAGGAGUAGGGCGGCUUAUAAAGCAUUUGGGGAUGUUUGCAGAGCUAUGCAAAAUGCCAUAGAAAUUGUCUUCCCACAGGAUCGGCAUCGUUGGUGUUUAUGGCAUAUUAUGAAGAAAAUUCCGGAGAAAUUGCGAGGAUAUUCGCAAUAUGAGUCCAUAAAGGUUGCUCUGAGUAAUGCAGUUUACGAUUCAUUCACAAAAGAUGAAUUUGAGGAAUACUGGGAAGCAAUGAUUGAAAAUUUCAAUUUGAAUGAUAACGAGUGGUUGGGGGUAUUAUACAAUGACCGACAUAGGUGGAUUCCUGCAUAUGUUAAAGACAUAUUUUGGGCUCGCAUGUCAACUACACAACGAAGUGAGAGUAUGAAUGCAUUCUUUGAUGGAUAUGUGAACUCCAAGACAACCUUAAAGCAAUUUGUUGAGCAGUAUGACAAUGCGUUAAGAAGUAAGAUAGAGAAGGAGACAAAAGCAGAUUUUAAGUCUUGUAACAAAUUGUAUGAUUGCUUAAUGGUGUAUCGUUUGGAGAAGCAAUUUCGUGCAGCUUACACUAAUUCAAAAUUUAAAGAAGUUCAACUAGAAAUGAAGUGUCUAGUGUAUUGUCGUGCAAAUCUUAUCAAAGAGGAGUGCGCAAUUUGUACCUAUCAUGUGAGGGAGGCUGUUGUUGUGGGUGAGGGGAUGAAGAAAGCUCAUAUAGAGGGCUUUACCAGCUUUGCUAGAUUCCAUGGCUAUAGAACUGCAGCAGCUCACAAGCAUUCCUCUAAGUCAGUUGUUUUCAGUCCAGCAGUUUCUGGUUUUGCUCAAUCUGAUCUAUCUGAAGGUAGCUCAUCUUCGAAUAAUGAGCUAUUUGAGGAGGCCAAAGCCACUAUACACUUGGGGAAAUGCUUAGGCAUCAACUACAAUGGGAAAGAAGACACUGUGUUGAGCAAGAUAAUUGAUUUAGAGCUUAAAGACAAGGACAAAAUCUCUGAUAAGGGGCAGGAUCAGAAAUAA